UGGCCGCCCCGGCGCUGUCCAGGGCCGUGGGGAGACACUCUGUGGCCUCUGACCGCGGGCUCCGCCCCGGGUCGGUUGAUCCUCGCGUCUGUGGGUCGCUAAGUCCGGGCCAGCGGCUUCGCCCUCGUCAUGGCGCCGCUGCUGCAGCUGCUGUGGCUGCUGGCGCUGCUCCGGGCCGUGGCCCUGGUCCCGGUCCCCGCCAAGCCCCGGGCCGACGACGAGCAGGCCUGGGAUCUGUCGCCCCCGGAGCUGCUGGCGCCCGCCCGCUUCGCGCUGGACAUGUACAAUUACGGCCGUGCUGCGGGGAUGAGAGCCGUGCUGGGGGCCGUACGCGGGCGCGUCCGCCGGGUGGGUCGGGGCUCUCUGUUCUCCCUGGAAGCCACAAUGGAGGAGCCACCUUGCAAUGAUCCGCUGGUGUGCCUGCUCCCCGUGACCAAGAAAACCAUGCUCUGCAGCUUCGAAGUCCUGGAUGAGCUAGGAAAACACAUGCUGCUGAGGAGGGACUGUGGCCCAGUGAAUACGAAGGCUACAGAGUAUGGAAAUGAGACGUUCAGCUCAUUCCUUCCGAUGCUGAACAAGGAUCCCCUCCCCCAGGACUUUUCUGUAAAGAUGGCCACAGUCUUCGAGGACUUCAUGAAUACCUAUAACCGCACUUACGAAUCAAAGGAAGAAGCCCAGUGGCGCUUGACUGUCUUUACCAGAAACAUGGUACGAGCACAGAAGAUUCAGGCCCUGGACCGUGGCACAGCUCAGUAUGGGAUCACCAAGUUCAGUGACCUCACAGGUGGGGAUGAGGAGGAAUUCUACACCAUCUACUUGAAUCCCCUUUUACAAAAGGAGCCUGGCAGGAAGAUGAGUCUAGCCAAGCCCAUAGAUGAUCUCGCCCCGCCCGAAUGGGACUGGAGGAAGAAAGGGGCGGUCACUGAAGUGAAGGACCAGGGCAUGUGUGGCUCCUGCUGGGCCUUCUCUGUCACAGGCAAUGUGGAGGGCCAGUGGUUCCUGAACCAGGGGACUCUGCUCUCCCUGUCAGAGCAGGAGCUCUUGGAUUGUGACAAGACGGACAAGGCCUGCUUGGGUGGAUUGCCCUCCAAUGCCUACACAGCCAUAAAGAAUUUGGGAGGGCUGGAGACAGAGGAUGACUACAGCUACCAGGGCCAUGUUCAGGCCUGCAGCUUCUCGGCACAGAGAGCAAAAGUCUACAUCAAUGAUUCAGUGGAGCUGAGCAAGAAUGAGAACAAGAUGGCAGCUUGGCUGGCCCGGAAAGGACCGAUCUCAGUCGCCAUCAAUGCCUUUGGCAUGCAGUUCUAUCGCCAUGGGAUUGCCCACCCUCUCCGGCCCCUCUGCAGCCCCUGGCUCAUCGACCACGCUGUGUUGCUGGUGGGCUAUGGCAACCGCUCCAACACUCCUUAUUGGGCCAUCAAGAACAGCUGGGGCAGUAACUGGGGUGAGGAGGGUUACUACUACUUGUACCGUGGCUCUGGAGCCUGUGGUGUGAACACCAUGGCCAGCUCAGCAGUGGUGAACUGAGGGACUUGCUGGCACAGGACCUGAUGCUGACCACAGUGGCCCCUUCCUUAGCCUGACUCAUCCCCCAGGCCCCUCCUCAGGAGGCACAGCUGGCUGAGGGACAGGCACUUGGUACCUCAGGGUGAGCAGUGGGCCCUGGGCCCCUUCUUUCCUCCCUCUCUCCCUCUCAUGUCCACCUGAAGUUUCUUAGCUGCAUCUUUAUUGAAUUGUGGUAGCUAGGAGGAUCCUGAGGUGAAGGAGGCUUUCAUGGAAGCCAGCGCUGGGGCAAGGACCCCAAGCUCGGGUAAGGUGCAGAAUGAAACCGUUCUCAUCGUAAACCCAGCGUUGUCUUCAGCAGGCCCUGGCUUCCUGCCUUCGUUUCCUCUGUCUCAUACUGUCAAUUUUCUGGUUCCCUCCCACAUCUAGGAAACUUGUAACCAGCCUUCUCUAAGAGCAAUAAAGAGGUCUCCUGAUCUCCA